CAGCGAACUCGUUUACCCCGCCGGUAACGCGACCGAGCUGCUGCUUCUGCAUGGCUACGAUGGCCAUGCUUUCCCGGCCGUGAGCAUCACGGUUGGGGGCUCCAGUUAAUGCCGCUUCACAACGCCGCUGCUUGAAACGCUUCUGGAACGCGGUUGCGCUGGCACAAAUGUGUCCAUCAGCUUACGUUACGCGAGAACUACGACCAUCAAAUUUUAGGAAAAAGCUUCGCCAAACCCCCCAAGAACCUUUGCACUGCGAUCGCACCGAAGAAGAAGCUCCCUUUGCCCAUGGGAUUUGCAUUGCACUAUAAAAAGCGAACCAUCGGCAGCGCCAGCCCAGAGAUAUCAACCGGAACAACGUCCGGAGGCGUCUCUAAACCGGUGCGCGGCAGUUAGGCAUCCCUCUUUCCCUCUGUUUGCGCAAAGCAUCUAUUUGUUCCUCGUGCAUUAUUGACUCGGAGCCUCACGGGGCAACUCGAUCAACACGAUGGAUGAGAACGAAGUUAGUUUUAUGCCAAAACUCCACCCGAAGGUCGGUUGUUAUCGAGCCGUUUGUGAUCGCAUACCGGCCCGGCUGGUGCUUUACUUUCUUUCCUGGUCCGGCUUUCUGGUUUCGUUCGUGAUGCGCAACGACAUCAACUUUGCCCUGGUGGCGAUGGUGCAAGAUCCGACCACCAAUGCGACCGGCGUCGAUCACUGUGCGUCGAGCUCGACGGCAGGGUCGCUGGUGAUGGGCAACCGGUCCGAGGGCUUGUUCUCGAUGGUGAGCGACGCCAGCAAUGACACGCUAACGCCCGAAGAGUUCGCCGAACUCGGAACAGUGUUUCCCGCCGAUGGCGACACCAAGUUCGACUGGGACUCGACGGUGCAGGCCGUCAUCAAGUCGUCCUUCUACUGGUGCUACGUCCUGUCGCAGGUGGUCGGUGGCGUAGCGACGCAGUACUUUGGCACCAAGAACGUGUUCGGUUGGUCCCAGUUCCUGACGGCGGCCUGCAGUCUGCUAAUACCGCAAGCGGCCGACAUACACUACGGCGCGGUCAUCCUGUUGCGCUCGGUGCAGGGCUUCGCCAGUGGGCUGACGUGGCCGGCCAUGUACGCGAUCGUUGGCUACUGGAUACCGCCGAUGGAACGGAGCCGGUUCAUGAGCAGCUUUCAGGGUUUCAGUAUCGGCAUUGGGCUUACGUACCCGUUGUGUGGGUUCAUCAUUGCGCACUUUGGUUGGCGGGAGGUGUUUUACACGACCGGCACGAUCGGGAUGGUGUGGUGCGUGUUCUGGUACCUGCUGGCGUACAACACGCCGCAGGAGCACCCGCGCAUCACCGUCGAGGAACUGGAGUACAUCGAGCUGAACGUCAGCGAGGACAUUAAGAAUGGGCAGGGCAUGCGAGUGCCGUGGCGCCGUAUCUUCACCUCGAUGCCGGUCUGGGCGAUCGGGUUGACGACGUUCGGGCGCAUCUGGGUGCACUACACGUUCAUCAUGUCGGGACCGGAGUAUAUGCAGAAAAUCUUCUGCUUCGACAUCCAGCAGAACGGCCUGCUGUCCGGGGCACCGUUCCUUUGCUCGUACCUCUCCUCGGUGCUGUUCUGCUACAUCGCGGACAUUCUGAUGGACCAUCGGACGCUGACGCUGACGAAUGUGCGCAAACUGUUCACGGCCCUGUCACAGAUCGUGCCGGGCGUGCUGGUGCUGCUGGUCGGCUACCUGGGCUAUCAGAUCGUCACGGUGCUCAUUUUGUGGUUUGUGGCCGUCACCUUCAUUACCGCUUCGUACGCCGGGGCCAUGGCAAAUAUUGUCGAUAUUGCCCCGAACUUGGCCGGCCCCGUACUAGCGUUUGCGCAGACCAUCCACAUGACGGCCUCGUUUCUGCAGCCUCUCGUGACCGGCUUCAUGGUCACGGAUCCGCAAAACAUCAAUCAAUGGUUACACGUGUUCGGGGUGUCGUCGGUGGUGGCCAUUAGCACGUACGUCAUCUAUCAGGUGUUCGGGACGGCCGAAAUUCAGUCGUGGAACUAUCCGGUAGCCGAUCCGGAGGUAACAUCCUCGGACGACUCGGCCGUAAUCGCGAACCAGCCAAUGAUCAAAGUAGAACCGGGCCUACGGCUCGACGAUGAUGAUGAUGAUUAAACCGAAAUGGUGUUUUAUGCGGAGUUCCAGUAAUUAACACAACUACAACAUUCGACGAUUCGUACAACAGAGCGAGGGAGAGAUAAAUUGAAUAAUCGGAUAAAGUGCAUGACGGUGAGGGCAAACCAAUGUAUUGAGCAAGGCAAAGUAUUCCGUAAACGUUCCGUAAACACGUUCUAGGUUCCUUAUGGCUCUUGUGGUAAAUCAAAUUUCGGCCAGCGGCAUUCCAUACACGUUUCUAGAAACGAACACAGUUACUACGGGGCGCACUCUUGAGUGAAUGCAUGUUGGUGGCCGGCCGGGGAAGCCGGCCGGCCUUCGGAAGGGAAGCGGAUGAAUCUGAAUAACCUUAGAACCGCUCUAGCAACCACUAAACAGGAUUUCGAGAUAGAUUUACUAGGAAUUAGAUGGAAGUGGCUUUGACUUUGAGAAGGCAACAUAUUUACCAACACGUCGCAUGAGCACAAGUUCUCGUGGAUGAAUGUUUUGUACAGAUUGGAAAGGACGAGGAAAUUCUCAAAUCAUUUUAAAUCGUUCCAACAAUUCCGCAACCAAAUCCACGACACGACACCGGUGAAAGCGUGUACUCUAAAAUGCUGCGAAUUUGUGAUUUACAUUCAUUAUUAUUAGCAGAUAAAACCCUACAUUGCCAUUGAUUGUUAAUUUUAUUGUUAAGUCGUAGUAAUAGGGAGCAGUUGUUGGCUUACCAGGUGGCGUAGUUUAAGUUGUAGCAAUAAUGCGUGUUGGUUUGAUUUGGCCGGUUGCCAGCGUAAUGCACGAUUUUACUUUUGCUUAUCAUUUAUUCUUACGUGUUUUAAUUAUUACUUCUGUGUGUGGUUGUUUAAUACCUUUCUGUUUAAUUUUUGUUUACUUUUUACAACUGCCCCCAACACUACAAUAUGGAGUAUACUUACUGCGACACCGUUAUCGGGUCGAAAAUCGAUUGACCGCCGUAACAUGAUCGAGAAAUGUGAUUCGGGGGAAGACGACGGUAUCUACUAGUGAUGAAGCACAAGAUUCUUAGUAUAUAUAUUGCAAAAUUAAUCCACAUUCAAUCAUACGCAGCGCCGGCGGUCGGAACGGUAAGAUUGAAAAACUAUGUGCCUGUCGUCUGUCCGAGAAAUGGUGCUAAAGGAAUCGUGCGAACGCGUGAAGCGGCUUGAACAUUGCCGUGGUGCAAUCAGAGUGAGACACGCAGAAUAAGGAGUUAAAGUGUUAAUAAUGUACCCGAAGAGUUCGUAAUUCUGUUAGUGAAACAGGCACACCAUUAUUAGAGUUGAUUGUUAACCACCACACGCCCCAUAAAGACUAUAAUUCUCGGUGUGCUCUAGUAC